GGAAGCGGUCCUGACUGGCCACACUGGCCUUAGUACGAGCGUCCUUUGUCUCCUGUGCAACUCCAUCUUCUCCAUCGUCUCGCUCCCAUCGUCUCUCCACAGUGCAUUGCGCGCAGUCAGCUUGUUUUUCAGUUGUCGGAGCCGCAUUUUGCUCUCUGCGCCAGAAUACCCUGUGACGGCGUUCGUGCAGGGACUCCGGCACUUAGGCCAGGCUUGUGCGUAUCUCUCAGGAAAUACCACCUUGCGAAUUGGGACGACACGAGAGCCACAAUCAUUCCAAUGGCACUGUCAUAGUCGCCGCAUGUUCGUCCUUACACUCGCUUGAUUUGCGCAGAACAGGAGGAGGCGGUACUGGGCAAUGACUGCAACCUCCGCCCUCAUCAUCAGCACAACCAUUGCCACCAUCGCGCCGUCGAGGACGACCAACAUGGAGACAGCCUCCCCAGUCACGGCCAACGGAGGCAUGUCCAAAUUUCCCGCCUUCGCACCCGACGUUAUGGCCCAUACAGAUGACAACAACAGACGCUCCACGUCGUCACCGGAGCGCAAUCCGUCGCUGACGCUGCGGCAGUCCCUGGACAAUGACGCCGGCACAGGCAGGUUCCAAGCGUCAUCCCACUGGCAGUCUCGCAGAAACAGCAGGGCCCAGGCCAGCCAGAGCCAUAUCCGACUUCCCUCGCGAGGACGAGGGCAUGGGCGCCAGCGGAGUCUCAGCGAAGCUAUCCAGAUCAUCAGAGAGCGAAAUGGAAGCAUGAGCCAGAAUGCGCAGGAGAUUGCGGAUGCGCUUAAGGCGCCCGUGUCGCCGCGCCUAGUGAUUCUUUGCGCGGCAUGGUAUGGAAUGUCGAUGUUGGCCAACACUUCGGCGGGUCAGAUCCUAAACACGUUCCCUAAGCCCGUCACUCUCACGAUCGUGCAGUUUUUUUUCGUCAGCUCCUGGUGCCUCGCCCUCUCCUGGCUGGCAAGCCUCUAUCCGGCACUCAAACAUCACUUUCCCGCCCUGCGCAACGGCGUGCGGCGUCCUAGCCGCGACCUGAUAAUGACCACUCUACCCCUCACUGGCUUCAUGAUCGGCGGCCAUAUACUCACCUCCGAUGCCAUGUCCCGCAUCCCCGUCUCGCUUGUCCAUACCAUCAAGGGCUUAAGUCCCCUGUUUACUGUCUUUGCGUACCGUUUCAUCUUCGAUGUCAAGUACCAUUACACGACCUACCUCUCCCUCCUCCCCCUCACCAUUGGCGUCAUCAUGGCGUGCUCCACUCAGUUCAGCAACAACUUUCUCGGUCUUCUUUCGGCCUUCAGUUCGGCCAUUCUCUUUGUAACCCAGAACAUUGUGUCCAAGAAGCUGUUCAGCGAGGCUGCUGCCGCCGAGCUUGACAUAGGUCCUCUAAAGAGUAGAAAGCCGGACAAGUUGAACCUGCUGUGCUACUCAUCUGCGCUCGCCUUUGCCUUCACGGCACCCAUUUGGUUGUGGAGCGAAGGUAUCGGCAUCAUCGGGGAUUUCCUGUUCGACGCUAGUGUGGACCUCGAGGUGCACAAGAACUCUCUUGAUCAUGGGGCGCUCUUGCUCGAGUAUGUCUUUAAUGGCGCAUUCCACUUCUUCCAGUCGCUCAUCGCCUUCACGCUUCUAUCUAUGGUCUCUCCAGUGACGUACUCUGUCGCCUCACUCAUCAAGCGCGUCUUUGUAAUCUGUUUCGCCAUCGUCUGGUUCGGCAACAAGGUCACGAGCGUCCAGGCCAUGGGAAUUGCACUCACUUUCCUAGGUUUAUACUUAUACGACAGGACGAGUGGACACCAUGCAAAGGCCGAGAAAAGGCAGCGACUUAGAGACAUGCCUUCACUGCUACCUGUCCACGAGGUUGCGACUCCGCUAGUAGACAAAGCCUCUUUCACCGAGAGCUCGAUGGUGGCAAAUGACGCCGUGUUUGGUGGAUACAGAGGCGAAGGGGCGGAAGAGGAGAAGAGAAGAGAAGAAGCAUCUUUGACUGCACAGACCAGAUCUGAGGGUAAUGGCUGGUUGGCGCCCGGCACGAAGGCAGAAGACACUUGGAACUGGGUGGACGCAAGCCGCCGAGGAGUGUCGGUGACGUGAUGAACACUUUUACAACUUAAAGAGCAUUUGUAAAUUUUGAUGCCCGCCCAUACCCGACGGCUUCUUCGUCAUAGAGUUUGAUCUUGAUUUUAAUUGGGGAGCGACACCGUGAUGAAAUUUCUGGAUAGCAUGUAUAGAUAUAGGUCGCAGCUCCGCCGUAUACUCCAAAAAGAGAGCUUAGAAAUGGCCCUUUUGUUCUCA